GGGCGAUGGGAUCAAUGGAGAUUGAAGGUGGGAAUGAGAAGCCAAAGCUGAACAAGUACGCACUUGCUUGUGCUAUAGUGGCUUCAUUGAUCAAUUGUAUAUUUGGUUAUGACACAGGUGUUUUGAGUGGAGCAAAUAUCUUCGUAAAAGAUGAUCUCAAACUCAAUGAAAGCCAAAUCGAAAUACUUGCCGGAACCCUAAAUUUAAGUGCUCUGGUAGGUUCCGCCAUAGCUGGAAGAACCUCUGAUACGAUCGGUCGACGUUACACAAUCGUUGUAGCAUCUCUUAUCUUCUUGAUCGGUGCAAUCCUGAUGGGCUACUCCCCAAACUACACAAUCCUCAUGACCGGCCGCUGCAUCGCCGGCGUCGGCGUAGGCUUUUCUCUUAUGAUCGCACCUGUCUACUCGACGGAGAUUUCCUCCUCUUCACACCGAGGAGCUCUCUCUUCUCUCCCUGAGAUAUGCAUCAGCGUAGGAAUCUUAACAGGUUACAUCUCGAAUUUAGCCUUUUCGAAGUUGCCAUUGAAGCUCGGUUGGCGUAUGAUGUUUGGAAUUGCAGCCAUUCCUGCAAUUGCUUUAGUUUUCGCAAUCCUUCAGAUGCCGGAAUCUCCAAGAUGGUUGGCAAUGCAAGGUCGUCUGAAGGAAGCUGAGGAAGUAUUAUUGUUAGUUUCUGAUACCAAAGAAGAAGCAAAAUCGCGGUUUCGAGACCUAAAAUUAGCUGCAGGGAUCGACGAAAACUGUAAAGAAGAUGUAGUGAUUCCAUCCAAGAAAAUAGCUUCUGGUGCUGGGGUUUGGAAAGAGCUCUUCAUAAGACCAACACCCACAGUUCGUCGGAUAAUGCUUGCUGCUUGGGGAAUCCAUUUUUUUCAACAUCUUACAGGUAUAGAAGCUGUGGUCUUAUAUAGUCCAAGAAUCUUCAAGAAAGCUGGGGUUAUGGGUAAACAGAAGCUUUUGCUUGCUACAGUUGGUGUUGGGGUUACAAAGUUACUCUUUAUCUUGGUUGCUACAUUCAACUUAGACAAGUUUGGGAGGAGAAGAUUGAUGUUAACAAGUGUGUCAGGUGCAACUACAGCAUUAAUAGUAUUAGGGUUUUGUUUGACAGUGGUGGAUCAUGCUAAAAAACAGCUUCUUUGGGCUCUUUGUCUUAGUAUUAUUUCUACAUAUACAUUUGUGGCUUUCUUCUCUAUUGGGCUUGCAACUGUUACAUGGGUUUAUACUGCAGAGAUAUGGCCAUUAAGACUUAGGGCACAAGGAGCUAGUGUUGGAGUUGCUAUUAAUAGAGCUAUGAAUGCUACUAUUUCUAUGACUUUCAUAUCAAUCUAUGAAGCUAUAACUAUUGGUGGUGCUUUCUUUAUGUUUGCUGGGUUUGCUACAUUGGCUGGAGUGUUCUUUUACUUCUUUAUGCCUGAAACUAAGGGAAAAGCUUUGGAAGAGAUUGAGAUGUUAUUUACCCCAGAGGGUUCUAAAGCUCAUCAACAAAAAACUGAAGAAGUUGUUGUGUAG